CAGUGCAACAAUUGCAACAGCAAAAGUUAUGUUUGGUACGGUGGGUGCCAUCAAUGAACUCAGAGAAAAGGAACAGGCUGAAAAGAAUAGCGCUGCCCGAGCUGGUCGACGACAAUGAUUUUCAGGAGUGGCUUAUUUACAAAUAUUCUUCUAGUUUUAAUAUUAUCAAUCACAUGCGAACAAACCAAAGAGAUAAAAAAUUCAUCAACAGUUCAAGACAUUUCCACAAUAACAACAACGACAACAACAACAACACAUUACAACGAUUCAUCAAGAGAAAAUUCAUCUAUUUCGGAAUCCAACCUUAAUGAUAAUGAUAAUCAUACCCAACGCGAUAGUCACACAUGGCCGCAUCAAUUCAUCAAUAACAAUUCAACUGACGCCAACCACUCACAAAUCAAUAAUACACGGAGAGAUAAUACUGCAUUAAAUGCAACCACGACAUCCAUUCCAACCGAUAUAUACAGCACCAAUUUAAAUCAUUCCAUUCAUAACAAUGAUCAAAUUCCGAUAAAUGAAUUACCAACACCCAUCAAAAGUGAAUUCAAUUCAAAUAACAAUGAUAACAAUGAAUCGACAACAGAACGAUAUGGUAAAAAAUCAAAUCUACUGAGAACUGCUCUACGAGUUGCAGCUCGACAAGGUUUAGAGGCUAUGGUUGAACUGUAUGAUAAAAAAGAACCGACUCUUCUUCAAAAAGGCUUAUUUCUACCAUCCGAUCAUCCCGCAACAAAAUUAUCCGAAUUCAGUUCACCUAUUUCAGAUGAGGCUCAGAAUAGUUCCCGAAUAGCAUACGCAGCUCUUUAUGCCGCUAAAAAGCUCAAAAACAAUCUCAAUAUAGAUUUUUCGGAAAAAAGUCGUCAAAACCCGCCGAAAAUCUCAUUACGUCGAACAUCUCUCGAGGCAUUUUGUACACCACGGGAUCCACCGUUUUGUUCGCCAAUCACACGACGAUACCGAACACAUGAUGGUUCGUGUAAUAAUGCACGAAAAGGACGCUGGGGAGCCGCUCAAAUGCCAUUCAAUCGCUUUCAAUCGCCCGAAUAUGCGGACGGUAUCGAAGAAUUACGAAAAUCAGUUUUAGGCGGUGCAUUACCGUCGCCAAGAUUUAUCAGCCUUUUGGUGCACGGAUCCAGAGAGAGCGAGGAAAGAGUUACAUUAAUGCUAGCACAAUGGGGACAAUUUAUAGAUCAUGAUUUAACAUCAACACUUCAACCAAGAUCAGUGAAUGGAUCGGUUCCCCAAUGUUGUGGUGUUAAUGAGUUGCAUCCAUCGUGUGCCCCAAUAAGAGUACCCUCCGAUGAUCCGUGGUUGGCACCCCUUGGAAUACGUUGCCUUGAAUUUUUGCGAUCGGCACCAGCUCAACGACGUGACUGUUUACUGUCGUGGCGCGAACAAACCAACCAGGUCACUUCAUAUUUGGAUGCAUCGACAAUUUACUCGAGCAAUGAACGUAGCUCAGAACGAUCACGUUUAUUUACAAAUGGCUUGCUAUUGUAUGGCAGAGGACCACCAAGGGAUGAUCUUUGUCUACGUGGAGCAUUGGCUAGUCAAUGCAUACGAGCGGGUGAUUUAAGAAGUGGCGAACAACCUGGUCUAUUGGCUAUGCAUCAUACUUGGGUACUGGAACACAAUCGCAUCGCAAGUGAAUUGGCCGAUAUAAAUUUACAUUGGAGUGAUGAAAAAAUUUAUCAAGAAACGCGUCGCAUUAUUGGCGCAAUGGUGCAACACAUAACAUAUCGUGAAUUUUUGCCUUUGGUAUUGGGCCGUGAAGUGUGCAAGCUAUUCGAUUUGGAACUACAAAAUAAUGGAUAUUAUAAAGAAUAUGACAUACGUGUGAAUCCAACGGUGGCCAAUUCAUUUUCGGCAGCCGCGUUCCGUUUUGGGCAUUCACUCAUUCAAAACACGUACAUGAGAAGCACACGAAAUCAUGAAUUUUUAGACAAUAAUGUGACAUUACAUGAAGAAAAUUUUAAGGGUGAUAUUGGCGGUGCUGGUUCAUUACAUCGACUACUCAGAGGUCUAUCAAUUCAACGGGCUCAAAAACGGGACGAAUUUAUAUCCGUUGAACUGACAAAUCAUCUAUUCCAAUCUGGUUCUUUUCCAUUUGGUUUGGACUUGGCAGCGAUAAAUAUACAAAGAGGUCGAGAUCAUGGUUUGCCGUCAUAUACGGCUUGGCGUGAACCAUGCGGUUUAACAGCAAUCAAAGACUGGGACGAUUUGGAACGUGUGGUUGGACCAAAAUCAGCGCAUCGCAUGCGUUUGGCAUAUAAAAGCAUCGAUGAUAUUGAUUUAUUUGUGGGUGGCUUGGCCGAACGACCUGUAGUUGGUGGUUUAGUGGGUCCGGUGUUCGCUUGUAUAAUUGCCCAACAGUUUAGUAAUUUGCGUAAAGGUGAUCGAUUUUGGUAUGAAAAUGGUGACUUUGAAUCGUCAUUUACACCGGCCCAACUGCAGUCGAUUCGACAAGUGACAUUGGCGCAAGUUGUAUGCCGUGCUCUUAACAGUGGCACAUUACAACCGCACAUUUUUUUGCCACACACUGUGUCAACAAAUGAACGACAACUGUGCGGUACAGGUAGCUUAACACCAAUCGAUCUCAAGCCGUGGUUGGAACGAGAUCCAUUUUUAAAAAAUACUCAAAACUCAAACAACGAUUCACUCGAUGGCCAAUUGCCAAAGCCACUUCACAUUCAAUCGACAAACGACAAAAUUAUAAUCAAUGUAGAUUUUCAAGCAUCAUCAAAUCCAACAAUCGACAUACGAAAACAAGACGAACCAUUUAGUGUUAACGGAACAAUUGUUAAUAAUAAACUUGACCUAGACACCACUCGUAGCCAUAGCAAUACUAUAAAUCGAUUAACAAACGAAGUAACAAACAAAAUUAAUACACGACCAAAGACUCAAACGAACAAAAAACCAAAAACGACAACGACAACGACAAUGACGACUAAACGACCGACAAUAAAACGGACAAAAAAACGUAAAAACAAAAAUCAAAACCGACACAAAAAACACAAACGAGACGUGACUAAUUACAAUCACGACAACAACACCAUCGAUACGACUGUAAAAGCACGAAGUUCGAUUGUUAUAAAAAUUAAUAAACCAAAUGAAGACUUUAGUACAGAGAAAUCUCCGUUUAAUGGUUUAAAUAGCAAACGACGUAUUGACAACAAAGACGAUACACGGAAGGUUUUAAAUAAGGAAUAUGUCAUUGUGACGCCCGAUCAAAAUGCAUACGACAUUGAAAUUAAGAUAAAACCAAAACCAUUGAAACAUGAAAAAAUUGUUGUUCAAACAAAUGAAAGUGACCAACCAACGAACGUUCAACAGACUUAUUACAAUGAUUUCAAGAAAACGACCAAACGACCGUCACAACAAUUUUAUCAAGUUGUGCAGCCGUCAUUUUCAGUUGGCCAGUACGGUGGUACGGCUGUCCAAGAUGAAAUUCAAAAACCACAAAAACCGACACAUAAUUACGAUACAUACGAUACGGUUUAUAAUGGUCUGAUUUUAAAACGUACAACAACAAAGACAACAACUAUGACGACGACUACAAGACGACCAUACAUUUACAAUUUACAAACAAAUGACGAAUAUACUUCGAAACCAUAUUACACGACAAAGAAACCAUUUUUUGGAUAUGGACAAGAAGAUGAUAAUAAACCAUUUUACUCAUAUCCAUCGGUACAAAAUACAGACACAAGUUAUUAUUCUUCAAGUAGUAGUUCAAACAGUAACAACGAUGACUUUGUAGCAACGAUUCAAAAUUCAAAACCCUAUCAAACUAAACCACAAUACGACAAUAAUCCUUAUUUAAACCGGCCAAGUGCCACAAAACCAUCGCUAAUUAACAAUAACUACGGACAAUUUGAUGACGAUCAUGUACAAAAUGUUCGACCUCAAAGUUCAUACUAUGGACCAAUUUAUUUGGACGACUUUUCAACAAAACCACCGGACAAACUUACAACAACAUUUAUUGUUCAUCAUGUCGAUGACGAUGAAUACUUAGAUACAGGCUAUGGUUCGAUAACGACAAAUAGACCGCAUGAUUUUACGACAUUUUAUACGGUACAGACAACGACGACACGAAAACGAAAACCAACAACACGAGCAACACGACCACCGACUCGACCAACUCGACCGGCUUAUGGCCAAAAUGACGAUGACGAUGAUGACGAUGAUGAUGAUGAUGAUGAUGAUGAAAACGUAAAUGUUGGCUACUUUAAUCCGAGCUCGGUAUUUUCAAAUCUUGUUAAUACAUUUAACGGCUACUUUGGACCAAGUUCAACUACAACGCGAAAACCAUACAUAACACAACAAGAUGACGAUGAAAAUGAUUUUUAUAUGUAUCCAUCUUUACCAUCACAUGAUUUUCCAUACUCACGUCAACCGGCAGACAAUGACAAUACAAAUAAUAAACGAACACGAACUAAACGAUUUAGUGACUUGAAUGACGAUUACGAACAAACCACUUAUCCAGCGGCAUUAAAUGUUAAUUAUAAUGUGGAUGAUGAUGACGUUGACAAUACGGAUGAUAAUUCAGCCAUUGCAUUUGAUCGUGAUGGCUACUUACGACCCGAAUACAUGAAUUCACAUAAUAAAAUAAAACCGAUUAAUACAAAAUUGUAUUUUGACCAUUCAAAUACACAAGACGAUACAAGAAAAACACACAUGACUUCAUUGCACGAAAUGACCAAUGCAACAACAUAUCAUUCACCACAAUUUGAUGACUAUCCACUACAUCAUAUGGUUGAUGGUAAAUUCGAAAAUGUUCGAAAUCAAAAGCAAAUCAUCAACAACAUAAAUAGUAACAUCAACGACAAUGACCAUAAGAAAAUCAAAACACACACUUUUCAAAGUGCUGCUGCUUCAUUUAAUCGAUCAAUCGGUUUAAUUCCAUUAAAUGUGCUUACCAAACCGGAAAGACCGGAUAAUUGGGUGCUAUAUGACGCUAUGCAUAAAAUACCGUUGCCCAGAAUGCCACAGAUUGCAUCAUCCGAAUACGAUGAGGAAAAUAGCAAUGAAAUGCCGAGACCUAUAGCGACACAACAUAAUAUGCAAACCGCCUGAAUGAAGCAAAAAUAAAAAAAUCUCGUCUAAAAACAGAAAUAUUUUUAUCUCUACUCAUAUAAUAAUUAUUUUUUUCUCGUUAACAUGCACAAUAUUUCUCUAUAAUGUUAUAUUUUCAUCAAUUAAAAUUAAAAUAUUUUUACACACAUUUAUACAUUAUUCACAUAUUGAAUGAAGAAAACGAAAAAAAAAAAUAUAUAUGAAACAAUGAAAACUGCGAUUUAUACAUUUAUAUAUUGUCACUAAUUUAUUGAAUAACUCAAAAAUACAUACUUUUCGCUCAAUUAAAA